AGCCGGAGGACGAUGCAGCUGGUUGUCAUGGCAACAAUGUUGGCAGUGGCAGGGGCGGGGCACGACUGCGGCAUCGGCUGUCAUCCAACCAACAUCAGCAUCCCCGUGGAGAGCUGUGGCAGCGUGGAGCUCAUCUACACCACGAUAUGUGCAGGACAGUGUUUUCACAAGGAUCCGGUCUACAUCGGCCUCCACGACUGGCCUGAACAGAAGACGUGCAACGGCGACUGGUCGUAUGAGGUGAAGCACAUUAGAGGCUGCCCCAUCGGAGUCACCUACCCCGUGGCCAGAAGCUGCCAAUGCUCCGCCUGCAACACGGGAAACACGUUCUGUGGUCCGCUCGCCGGAGACGUCCAGAGCUGCAUGUCCUUCUAA